AUGAGCAGGCACAAAUACGUUUUGGACGCGAACAGCGUCAUCAAGUGUAAGGACUUAUUGUUCACAAACUACGAUUGCUACGUUACAGAAGGAGUUAUAAAAGAAAUAAAAGAUGAGCACUCGAGGAAGAGACUGAACAACAUGAUGCCGCUGCUAACUGUUGCUCAGGCGGAAGAGAGGGAUGUGAAUUUUGUAAAAUAUUUUUCCAAGCUGACUGGGGAUUACGACUCCCUGAGUGAGGUAGACAUAGACGUCAUUGCACUGACUUAUAUGCUGCACCGUAUGCAUGGAGAUGUGUCCAAGUUGAAUGCUGCUCCUAUGGAAACCAUUUAUAAGUACGACCAAGUUGAGUUUGAUUAUGUGGGGAAGGGGAGGCGGAAAGGGAAGAACAUGGAGGAUAGCCCCACGGGGGGUGAACAAGCAACUGAGGAGGGGGAAGCCACCACGAGCAGCACGCAGCCGGAAAAGGCGGACUCAGGGGUGGACGUUUUGAAGCGGGAGGAUGACCCAACGGGGGGGUGCGACGUCACAGACGGGGGUGGAAGUAUACAAGGAAGUGACGCUGACGCAGACGCGGAUGAAAGUAUGCACGAAAGUGACACCGACGCAGACGCGGAUGAAUGUAUACACGAAAGUGACGCCGAAUCGAAUGAAAGCGCUAAUGGAGACGACUCACCCAGAGCGGGGGGACGAAUCCGAGGGUGCGAAAUGAUCAGAGAGGAAGUCGUACAAGUGGAGGAGGAGGCCAACCAGGAGGACGACGAAGGAGGCCAAUGGAUAAACAUAAACAAUUACGACACGCAAAAUGUAGACGUAAAUAGGGAAGAAAAAUUCACCCCAAAAGUAGCAUGCGUAACGACAGAUUAUGCCAUGCAAAAUGUUAUGUACCAGAUGGGCUUAAAUGUAAUAACAAUGGAUGGAUUUAAAAUAAAUUCCAUAAAAUUGUGGGGACAUAUAUGCACAUCAUGCUACACAUUUGUAAGAAAGACUUCUGUUAUGUUCUGCUCCAAAUGUGGAAAUAACAAUUUGAGAAAAGUAAAUGUCGUGGUGGAUAAUAAUUUAAAAAAGCUAGUCGUGAAAAUUCCCCAAUUUAGGGUUAAUACCAAAAACACCAUUUAUAGUAUUCCCAAAAAAAAAAAUUCUUCUCAAAAAAAAUUUCAAGAUAAGUUGCAAAUAUUUAGGGAAGAUGAAUUGCUCAUGGGGGGCAGAAAACAAUUUUUAACACAUCAAAAAAAAAUGUACGAAUCUCAGAAAAGUAAAAAGGACCCCUUCAGUGGAGACAACCUGCAUGACAACUAUGCCAACGACUGGACCUACAGGACCACUUUGAAAAAUGGCAAGGUUGCCAUUUUGACCAACCCGAAAAUUGUCGUGGGGGGGAAGAAGAAGCAUCCCCACAGGAGGAAAAAGAAGAAGUAG